AUGGGGGGAAAUAACUUGGAUGUGAAAAAAGGAGCUUGGGCUAAAGAGGAAGAUGGUCUUCUGAGCAAGUGCAUGGAGAAUCAUGUAGAAGGAAAGUGGCACGAGGUUCCUCACAAAGCAGGCUUAAACAGAUGCAGGAAGAGCUGUAGACUAAGGUGGUUGAACUAUUUGAAGCCAAAUAUCAAGAGAGGGGAGUUUACAGAGGAUGAAGUAGAUCUAAUAAUUAGGCUUCACAAGCUUUUAGGAAACAGGUGGGCACUGAUUGCUGGAAGACUUCCAGGAAGAACAUCGAACGAUGUGAAAAAUUAUUGGAACACCCGACGGCGGACGAAUUCUCUCCUGAAAAGGACUACGAAAGAAAAAUUCCAAGAAACAAUAAAGCCCAUCGUCACAAGGCCUCAACCGCGAAGUUUCACCAAAAGUUCAAAUUGUUCGAGUUUUAAAGAACCAAUUUUGGACCAUAAUCAACUAGAAGAAAAUUUCAGUACGCCAUCACAAACAUCACCAUCAACAGGGAUUGGAAAUGAUUGGUGGCAUUCCUUUUUAGAUGACAAGUAUGCUACUGAAACAGCUACAGGUUCUGGUCCUGGGUUUGAUGAAGAACUGCUCACGAGUUUUUGGGUUGAUGAUGAUAUGCCACAAUCGGCAAGAACGUGCAUCAGUUUUUCUGAAGAAGAACUGAGUAUAAGUGAUUUCUCUUUUAACUUGGACCUUUGGAAUCAUUCAAAAGAAGAAUAA